GAAUGAGCAUAUUUAAUCUGAUUACGAUAUUCUUGCUCAUUUUCUUCUUCAGUUUGAUGAAGUCCUAUACCACUUAUACUUAUUUCACAUCUUUAGUUUAUCCCUUAGUAUCAUAUGUUGCAUAAUAUAGAAAAGCUGAUUUAUGAUCGAUUUCAAUCACUCCUUCCAUCUUCAGUUUGAUAUAAUCCUAUACCAGAUUACCAGUUAUACUAAUUGCAGCUUUUGGAGUUUGUCAACAAAUAGCACAAAUUGAAUAAAUUACAUUCGAAAACUCAAACCAAAACAGUUUGUCGUAAUCGGAUGAGGAUUUUACACAUUAGUUCUAUUAUGUUGAUGUGCGAUUUGGUGAAUAUGGGUUGGAUUAGCUAUCAAACCAGACCGGAUCAUCGUCGACCCGGUCAGGCCUGGAAGCAACAAGUAUUAUUUUAGAGAGAGUCCAAUUUGGGUCGCUUUCUUUCCAUUUUCCCCCAUUCCCUCCUCCUUUCCCCAACUAAACAAACUCACCAGAUUUCCCCAUUUUCCCCUUCAUCUCUAAUCCCUUUCUCUCUUCCCUCUUUCACACCAUCGACUAAUUAAUGGCGAAUGCAUCGACGGCGGACUCCCCCGGCCGCUGCGACAGCGAGGGAAGGGAUCGGCAGCAGAGCAGCAGCGUGUGGGAGAUCGAAGAGGAGAGCGAGCUGUUCGAGAUCAACCAUGGAAGGGCGGCAAUGGCGAGCAUCAAGGAAGAGAUCAGCCUGACGGACGCCGGGAGCAUGUUCUCCGUAGACGUCAACGGCAGCGGCGAGGGAGCGGAGGAGUGCGUGUACGUGGGAGUAGGGAAGGGCGAUUCCAGCCUCGAAGCGGUGGCUUGGGCGGCGGCCCAAUCCAGCUCCGCCACCGUGGUUUACCUCAUCCACGUGUUCCCUCAAGUCCACCACAUUCCUUCUCCCCUGGGUAAGCUGCCAAAGAGCCAAGUGAGUGGAGAACAAGUGAAGAAGUACAUGGCAGAGGAAGGAGACAAGAGAAGAGAGCUCCUCCAGAGAUUCAUCAACAAGUGCUCUGCGACUGCUUCCAUUUCCAAGGUGGAGACGGUGCUGAUAGAGAGCGACUUGGUGGCGAAGGCGAUGGUGGACUUGAUCCCGAUCCUCAACAUCAGGAAGCUUGUCUUAGGAACCAACAGAUCCAACGUCAAGAAGCUCAAGCACAGAAAGGGCGGCAACACCAACAACAACAUCGCCGCCCAGGUGCUCCAGAGCUCCCCCGAGUGGUGCGAGAUCAGCGUCAUCUCCCAAGGGAAGCUGGUCCUCAACACCACCGCCUUGCAAUUGGGAAGCAGCCCCAGUACAACUGCUGCCGGCUCAUCAUCAUCAUCAUCAUCUCCUUCGCUGCCGCCGCCGCCGCCGCGGAUGGAUAGCAGUAGUACUGGUGAUCAGAUAAUCAAUGCGGCGGCCAUGGAGGAGCUGCAGCAAGUAAUUACUAGUAGCAACCACAACGACGGGGACGCCUUUGCUUGCAUGUGUUUUCGCUCGCCCAAGGUGGCCAUCUAGCUACCUACCUACAACCUACUCUUCUCGAUCUCGAUCUCGAUCUCUCUAGUUUUAAUUACUACUUGAUCCAUCGUCCUCUAUAUCUGUCCAUAUAAAAUGAGUUGAGUUCAAGCUUAAUUUGUUUACUAAAUAGAUUUGAACUUGGGACCUCUGGGUUGAAGACUAUAUAUGGAUAUUACUAGUAGACUAGGCUCUUGUACUUAAGGACUUAAACGUCAUACAUAAUGAAAUAUAUAAAUUAAUGAAUGUAUGAACUAUCAUUAACCCAACACAUAAGCUAUAGGCCGAUGCGACAAUAAGCCGUUAGUCUAGCCAAGUCAUCAGCUCAACGGCCUACCGUUUAGGCUGACUAACGAGCUCAACAAAUGUUUAGAUUUAAC